GGAACCGCGCGGGCCCCGCUGAUGGCGGCGGGCCUGGGGCCGGUUCCGGUGCCGGUGCCGGUUCCGGUGCCGCUGCCGGUUCCGCUGCCGGUGCCGCUGCUGGUGGCGGCGGCCCGCGAGGCGCAGGGCCCCGGGCGGCGGCGGCAGCGGUUGCCCGCGGCGCGGGCGCUGCAGGCGGCCGGGGAGGUGCUGGCGGUGGCGGCGGGGCUGAAGCCGGCGCUGCUGUGGGAGUGCGGGCCGGCGGGCGCGGCCGAGCUGCGGCGGUACCUGCAGCGGCUGCGGGCGGCGGGGCUGUUGGCGGCGCGGCUGCACGUUCUGGCGCUGGGCGGCUCGGCGCUGGUGCUGCGGCCGGGCCCGGCCCUGGCCCGGCUGCUCCGCGCCCGGCCCGCGCCGCUGCUGGACGUGUCGGCGGCGCGGGGCCGCCCGGCGCUGCUCGGCCCCGCCGAGGCCCGCGCCCUGCGCCGCCGCCUCGCCGCCCUGCUGGGCCGCCUGCGCCACGCCGAGGCCGCGGCCGCCGAGCCCGUGACCGCCAGCGAGGCGGCCGCCGGCGAGUGGAGCCCGUGCGCCGUGGCCGGGGUGCUGCUGGGCUACCCCGCCGUGUACAGCCUGGCCGAGGGCGCCGAGAACUGCCUGGCGCUGACCCCGCUGCGGGUGUUCACGGCCCAGGCCGCCUGCCCCCGCAUCAAGGAUGGGCUCCGGGUGCGCAUCUGCUCCUUCAGCGUCCCGGAGAGCCUCUGCGCCGAGCUCCGCGACCUGCUGGAUGCCUGGUGCCGAGAGCUCCGGGAGGCCUUCGCUGCCCAGAGCGAUUUUGUAGAUCUCUGCAUUUCCAGCGAGGUCGUGUCUCUUCCAGCGGUUGCCUUGUAAAACGCGAGCAUACUCAGACUUUUUAGCCUUCCUCACUGCAUCAGGGACCGAGGCAGAAGAUCCAGCUCCAUGUGUGUGUUGUUGCCUGCAUCUCUCAUGGUCCUUGAGCGCUGAAGGCUGAAUUGUGACUGUCACCGCAGGCCGGUGGCAAAACCAAAUACAUUUUCUUUUAAAGAACAACGAGUGUGCUCCCAGAUACUCUGCUGUCUCAGUCCUGCCUGCCUGCACGUUGCACCCUGCAAAGUCAGCGUGUAUUUAUUUGCAGUGGGCAGCUGAAGAUUAAUAAAUGAUUUGAACACUCCA